UCUCCAAUGUCUUCCAUCUACUGAAUUUGCUACCGGCUGCAUGUGUGGUGGUGGGGAAUCCCUCUGGGGUUGGGGUCCCCGUGUCCCCAGCCCCCUGCUACUCUUGAGUCUCCUGUCCACAGCUCCACUUGGCCUUCUGGGAGAGGAGACCCGCCAGGUGUCUCUGGAGGUUAUCCCUGGCUGGCCAGGCCUCCCCCAGAACCUGCUUCAUAUCCGGGCAGUGGGCACCAACUCUACCCUGCACUAUGUGUGGAGCAGCCUCGGGCCUCCAGCAGUGGUGCUGGUGGCCACCAACACCCCCAACAGUGUCCUGAACGUCAACUGGAGUCGCCUGCUGUCCCCUGAGCCUGAUGGGGGCCUGAUGGUGCUCCCAGAGGACAGCAUCCAGUUUUCUUCCGCCCUUAUUUUCACCAGGCUGCUUGAGUUUGACAACACCAACAUGUUCGAUGUGGCAGCAGAGACCCCAGGAAAGCCAUAUCCUCCAUAUUCCUUGGCUGAGUUCUCCUGGAACAACAUCACAGGUUCACUGGACCCUGCCACCCUGAGUGCCACAUUUCAAGGCCGCCCUGUGAACGAUCCUACUGGGGCUUUUGCCAAUGGCAGCCUGGCCUUCAAGGUCCAGGCCUUUUCCAGAUCUGGCCGUCCUGCCCAACCCCCUCGCCUCCUACACACGUCUGAUACCUGCCAGCUAGAAGUGGCCCUGGUUGGGGCCUCUCCCCGAGGAAACCAUUCCCUGUUUGGGCUGGAAGUAGUCACUGUGGGGCAGAGCCCUGACUGCCCCUCAAUGCGGGAGCAGCACUCCAUCGAUGAUGAAUAUGCACCUGCUGUCUUCCAGUUGGACCAGUUGCUGUGGGGCUCUCUCCCAUCUGGCUUUGUGCAGUGGCGACCAGUGGCUUUCUCCCAGAAGCAGGGGAGUCGAGAAUCAGCCCUACCCUGCCAGGCUUCUCCUCUUCACCCCAUCUUGGCAUACUCUCUCCCCCAGUCACCCAUUGUCCAAGCCUUCUUUGGAUCUCAGAACAACUUCUGUUCCUUCAACCUGACAUUUGGGGCUUCCACGGGCCCUGGCUACUGGGACCAACACUACCUGAGCUGGUCAAUGCUUCUGGGUGUGGGCUCCCCUCCCAUGGAUGCCUUGUCCCCGCUAAUCCUAGGAAUCAUGGCAGUGGCCCUGGGUGCUCCAGGGCUCAUGUUGCUGGGGGGAGGCCUGGUCCUGCUACUGCACCACAAGCAGUGCUCAGAGUACCAGUCCAUAAAUUGAGGCUCACUGACAGAGGGAAGGACAUUCCUGGACCUGCCUUGCUGUGCCUUGAACUGCUGGAGGUUGGAGGGUCAAUGUUCCAACUUUUCAUCCCCUCCCAAGGCACUUUUCUGUGAAACCCAGGUGGAGUCUCCUAAAUACCUUGUGGAGGGGCUGGGGUCAGGGUUAUUGCUAAAAGGUCUCCUUGGUAGUGUUUACUUGUGUCAUCCUACUUCCUUGGUUGAGACUCAAAGGCUAAAAUGAGAGUGACCCUGAAGGGUAUGAAAUAAGACUUAUUUUUUUCCACAAGAUUCCAGUCUCAACAUGUUGAUAUUGUUGAGUUCAUUUGGGGCUGGUUCCAGGGAAUGGAAGGACUCAGAGAUGGGUUUGGAAGACAAGUUUGUUUGAGGUCCCAUUUUCUCACCAGAUCUACUUCUCUCCCUCCCUAUGAUACCGCAACUCCUGCCAGAUAUCUUCUACCAGGUGGUCCCAGAAGGUUUCUGGUGUAGUCUGAAUCAAACAAGGAAGGGAUACUUGAGAUUGGGCAGGGGAGGGACAAACAGGAAGAAAGAACCAAUGCAGAUGCAGACUGUGGUGGUAAUUUAUUCUCCCUCUCUUUCUCUCUCUCUCUCUCUCUCUUUCUCACACACACACACAUACACAUACUCGCCCUGGGUUAACAUCAACCAUUGUGCCUUCUAACCACUCCCCCACUACCACACAUGUGGGUACACACACCACUCUUGGGAGCCAUAUUUCCCUGUCCUCUCUUAUCUUCUCAUAGGAAGCGUGACAUCUGGAAUGUUUGGAUGUGAGAAGUUACAGGGGUGUAUAUAGAUUAUAAGAGAGAGGCAGUAGCUCUGGACGGGGGCAGCUAGAAUAGUCUUGAGUCUAAGAAGCCUUGAAGACCAGUCACAGAGGGUCCCAAACCCAGGAUUCCAAUGAUUUCACCAAAUGUGAAAGUUCUUAUUUGAUCUGAUGCCAGCCUCUAUCCUUGCCAAUCUCUCCAGUCUCCUUGAGUUCCUCCGGUUAUUUAACUGGCACAGAAAGAGUCAGGGUUCGACUGUGGCUCUGCCCGCUGCCUCAUGAAGCUGAGGAAUGGGGCGGAGUCCAGCAUUUGGGAGGUCUAAUGGCAGUCAGGGUUUGCUCAGGAAGGAACCAUGCCUCUCCCCAUAGGCUGGACCAUGUGUCCUCAGCUUUCUUAAGGGACAUCAACCUCCUUCCCUGCUAGAAAAAUCCCUCUUUUAUGACUGUGCCAAGCCUCAGAAGUGAAGGACAACAGCGGCUAAGAGGGAACAAGGGUCAAUCCAGAUUCUGAUGGAAUGAUACCCCUAUGGGGCAGUAGCAGGGUUCCUCCCACAAAGGUCCCAGGGCUGGAGACAAAACCCUGGCCUGGGGCUCGGUUCAGAAAAGCAUGACCCCUGCGCAGGACCGCGCCUCAGCCCCAGGGGCGUGGCCUGUAGUCGGAGGCGGAGCGUGCAUGGUCCGGGUAGUCUAGGCGGCUCUCUGAGGCAGUGAGCAUGCGCUCUGGCUCCACCACGAACAUGUAGUACAGGUUCCACACCAGCAUGGCCAGCAGCGGCAGGAAGGUCAGGCCAUAGCCGAAGCCUCGGAAGGAACGGCCCACGGCGAAGGUCAGCCAGUAUAUCAGCCUGCAGCGGGGAUGGCAAGGGUCGGGUAUAUCAGCCAGUUGGCAAUAGGUUGACGUGGGAAGAAGAGUGAAGAAGGCAGGUGGGGGUUGGUGUGAAUGGUAAAGUUUCUGCCAAGAACAGGACUAAUUACUGCAAGUGCAUUAUUUAAUUUUGAUUUCCUACAUCCCUCUCGGUAAGUCUAUUAUCUCAUCUCCUUCCCCUCUUUUAUUUACUUUUAAAAUUUCAAUAAAAAUUUUUGAGUCGG